GAGCCCUCAGCUCAUAAGUGUUUGGUCUCCUACUCUCCUACUUCGUGCUAGCUAGUCUUCAUUAUACAGACAUUUUUGAGCUAUCGAAUAAAUAAAUAAAUAAAUAUAUAUAUAUACUAUAUAAAUAGAUAAAUAAAUAAAUAAAUAUAUAUAUAAUGUUUACAGUGAAGACAUCCUCGAAUUUGUUUAUAUAGAUUAAAUCUUUUUAAUAUAGAUAACUAAAAAUGUGCAUGAAGAUUUGUCGAAAAAAUUUAAUUUUCUUGUAACAAACUGGAUAUAUUUUGUUAAAUAUGAGUUUUAAAAUAAUAUCGAUGCUAACAAAAAUUAUAACCUUUUAUUAAUUAACUUUAAAUUAAUUUUAAAAUUUAAUACUGUUCAUUUUGAUCACAAUUACUUACUUACUUUUGAUUAGAUUUUAAUUAACUAAUAAGUAACACAUUGUUAUUAGUAAAUUUCGAAGAUAAAAUUGACAAAAUGGCUGACAAUGAACAGAAAGCUAUGCAGUUAAUAGCAGAAGCUGAAAAAAAACUGACAUCCAAGGGCUUUCUUAGUUCAUUAUUCGGAGGUUCUUCAAAAGUUGAAGAAGCUGUUGAAUCCUACCAACGUGCUGCAAAUCUGUUAAAGAUGUCAAAGAAAUGGGGUGGAGCAGGUAAUGCUUUUUGCCAAGCCGCUACACUUAAUGCAAAAGCUGGCAGUAAACACGAUGCUGCGACUAAUUAUGUUGAUGCAGCUAAUUGUUAUAAAAAAUCAGACCCUACAGAGGCCGUAAACUGUUUAUUAAAGGCUAUAGAAAUAUACACGGAUAUGGGCCGUUUUACUAUGGCAGCUAAACAUCAUCAAAGUAUUGCAGAAAUAUAUGAAAAUGAUGAAUUAGAUUUAGAAAGAGCAGUACAACACUAUGAGCAAGCUGCUGAUUACUUUCGUGGCGAAGAAAGUAAUUCUUCUGCAAAUAAAUGUUUAUUGAAAGUAGCACAAUAUGCUGCUUUGUUAGAAAAAUAUGAAAAAGCCAUACAGAUUUACGAACAGGUUGCAGCAUCAUCUUUAGAAAGUUCUUUAUUAAAAUAUAGCGCUAAAGAAUAUUUUUUGCGUGCUGCACUUUGUCAUUUGUGUGUUGAUGUUUUAAAUGCUCAACACGCUAUUGAGCGGUAUCAAGAACAAUGUCCGGCAUUUCAAGAUGCUCGGGAAUAUAAAUUAAUUAAGACGCUAAUUGAACAUUUAGAAGAGCAAAACAUGGAAGGUUUCACUGAAGCAGUGAAAGAUUAUGAUUCUAUUUCACGAUUAGAUCAAUGGUACACUACAAUGUUAUUACGCAUAAAGAAGCAAAUUAAUGACAAUCCUGAUUUACGUUGAUUUGCAUUUUCUGCUGUAAUCUUGGAUUCUAGUAAACUCCAGACAAAUAUCUUUAUAUAUAUAUAUAUAUAUAUAUAUAUAUAUAUAUAUAUAUAUAUAUAUAUAUAUAUAUACACGUACACACAUAUAUAUUUAUCCAUGUAUUCAAUGUGAAAUAUUAUACAGGUGUUGAUAAUAUUGAUUAUAGUAAAUUACCUUGAUUCCAAAUAUUAAAACACAUUAAUUUGUCAGAUUACAUACAUACAAUAAUACACACAAAUAAAUAAAUUCGUGUAUUUCAAGUUGAUUAUGUAGACAGAGAAUGUGCUCUCUAAUCUAACAGAAAAGAUUAAAUAAUUAUUGCGUAUAAAUUUU